AUGGCACUCUCUAAAAUUAGUUUCUUAUGGCUUCAUAUAAUUCCAUUAGUUCCAUCACUUAUGGUUACUACCUUUAUUCUUUAUUAUUUGCUCAAGACCCGAGUACUACGUACAGCUCUCAAUAAUCAUGUUAUUAUUCUCAUGCUUUUGUUUGGUCUUGUACUAGAACUUACUGAUACCAUAUGGUUUAUUUAUUUUUUUCGUACUGGUUCUGCUUUAUCAUUAACACAUGAAUUCUGUCUCGCCUGGGCAUACAUUGAUUCAUCUCUAUUCGCAUCAGUUUCAUUACAAAUGUCUUGGGCAACUAUUGAAAGACAUAUUAUUAUUUUUCAUUCAAACUUAUUUGCAACAAAAAGAAAACGUUUUUUCUUUCAUUAUCUUCCUUUGUUUAUAGUGAGUGUGUGGCCUCUAAUAUUUUAUUUCGUUACACUUUUAAUUCUCCCUUGUAAUCUACCAUUUGAUUAUAAUAGAAGACUAUGUGGUCAUUAUGAUUGUAUUAAUCUUAUAGAAUGGAUUGCAAUAUUUGAUAGUAUUGCACAUUAUAUGGUACCAUCAUUUAUUACUUUAAUUUUUAGUAUAACUCUUUUUGUACGUGUAUUGUAUCAUAAAUGUCAAAUUGGUCAAAGAAUUGACUGGAGAAAUUAUAAAAAGAUGGCACUUCAAUUAUUAUCAAUAUCUCUUAUAUAUAUGGUGUUAGAUGCUCCACCAACGAUAUUGAAUGUUGCUUAUCUAUCUGGUCUAUCAUCGAAUGUCGCCUCUGAUUAUUACAAUAGCAUGUUAGAUCUUAGUUUAUGGAUUAUACUAUUCACUCCAUUUGCAUGUAUUACAUCGUUACCGGAUUUGAAAGCAAAAUGUAAAAAUUUGAUUACGUUUCGGCGACGAACACAUGCUGUUCGACCAGCAGUAAUUAUAACAACGCGUCGAAACCCAAAUCAAAUAAUUACAACAGCACGAAUUAUUCACUAG